AUGGAGUUCGCUGGAGGGACGGCUUACGCCGAGUCGGAUGCCGACGACGAGUACGAGCGUGGCCAUUCACCCAUCAACGACUCGGAGCAUUCGCCCAUCGACUCUGAAUUGUCCACCUCGGCAGAACACACGCCCACGACAUAUGGGCACCGGACGAGCGCCGAUCGCCUUCCCGAGACAAUCGUCACCGAAUGGACGGCGGAGGAGUGUGCCGAUUUCAUCGCAAGCCUCGGGCUGCAGCAAUAUGCCGACCGCUUUAUCCAGAACGAAAUUGUUGGAGAGGCUCUGGUGGCGCUGCACCACGAUGAUCUGAAGAGCAUGGGCAUCACCAGUGUUGGACACCGACUCAGCAUUCUCAAGAGCGUUUACGAUGUGAAGAAGGCACAGGAUAUCGCUAUGGAAAGUGACCAUUACAUGCCGCUCUCCGCCGAUGCUGAGGCCCAGUAUGCCACAGCCACCAUCAAAGACAUCAAGCAUUUAGUAGAGCAGCUGCGGCUGAGGGAUGAGCGAAUGAAUCUUCUGGAACAGGAUCUUCGACGGACGGCCGAGGACUUCCGACGAUUACGAGAAGACAUGCUACCUGCUCUUCGAUUAGUCAAGGAACAACAACCAUUACCGAACCUCGGUGGCGUUUCCUACUCAUACGACAACUCUACGCUAUCUCCGCCAGUUACCACACCAGGGACAGCCCAACCCAAGCGCGCGUACUCGCAACGAAAGAUAAUGAUUGGUACCACACCGAAAAAUGCAUCACCCACGACAGCUACGCAUGAGAGGUCAAUAGCUGAGAUGCCAAGCCUGGAUCCUGCAGGGGCUGCUGAGCGGGCGGUUCUUUCAUCGACGCACUUGGCUGCAAUGAACGGCUCCGCCCAGAGCACCCUUACUGGAUACCCCUCUCCCAACAUCCCAUCCCCCACGUCGCCACAAACCCAUCUGGGCACCCUGGCCUCACGAUCUUACCGCGCCGAGCCAUCACCCGCAACAGCAAGGAGCGAUACGGACCACGGCAACUAUCCUCGCGUUGCUUCGAAGCCCAUUAGGCGGGAAACGCCUACCGCAGAUACCCCGACUACUACCGGCGGUAUCGCCAGUGAUCGGGGGGGUGCCGACAUGUUCAAGAGCUUCCGUGUUAGCAUGGAUGACCCCUGUCACAAGGUUCUCCCUGCAGCGCUCAAGAAGUAUCAGAUCAACGCCCCUUGGGAUCAAUAUGCACUUUACAUUGUGUACGCCGAUCAAGAGCGUUGUCUAGGGAUGGAUGAGAAGCCGCUGAUCUUGUUCAAACAGCUGGACAAGGAAGGCAAGAAACCUAUGUUCAUGUUGAGGAGAACAACGACGGCGCCUGUAGAGGACGGUGGGCCUGCAGGUGUAGGGAGCACGGCGGGACGAUCAGGCACGGCGGUAUAUGAUCCUCCUGGCGGAAUUAUAUGA